GUCCUCCCUUUGUGCCUCCCUCUGUGUCUCGUUUGCACUUAUAACGACCGACCACUCGAACGACACUACCUAGUCAACAACUAUGCAGCCCACUCUCGCACUCUCCGUCCUCGCCUUGCUUAUUACUCAAGCAUCGGCCCUCACUUCUCCUUCGUUGCUCGCCCGCCAGUCCGCAGGUGGGCUUGGACUCGGCAGUAUCCCAGACGCUUGCCAGGCUACCUGUAGCCCAAUCGAGACAACCAUCAACAGCUGCCAGGACCUGUCGUGCCUGUGCAACAAUACUGUUGCGAAUCAGAUCGCGGACUGCGCCAACUGUCUUGUCGCCGUUGGUGGUGAUCAGGCCAGCUCCUUGCAGACGCAGGAGCAGAGCAUAAUUGACCAGUACACGAAUGCAUGCGCAACUUCCGGCGAGCCCAUCUCAUCUAUUAAGGUCUCCUCCGUUGCGCCUACAGCCACUGGGUCAGGUUUGGGCUCGAGCUCGAGCUCGAUAGGUCUGGGCUCAGCACCCUCAUCUACAACGUCAGCAUCAGGCUCCUCUGGUUCAACCGGAUCGAAUGGCAGCAUGCGAACGAAUGCAGGAGCUGUAGGAGCUAUUUUUGCGGGACUGCUCGCACUCGCGCUUGCAUAAAAAAUCAAGCCGUGGCAAUGAUGCACGACUGGUAUCCUUUCGAGCUUUCCUCUCUGUACAGACACUUUAGUCCUGUUCGAAUCUGAAUGCGACGGCGUCACACCUCUGCUAGUCAUUUCUACGUUUGUGGAUGAUGGAACCUUUGUAUGACAUGCAUGCCUUCUUGUAUAUUUUCUUUGCACAUCUCGCUUUCAUUUUGUAUCUGUCUUGAUUUUAUAUGAGUACAUAGAACUAUUCUCUGCUAGUAGACUAGAAUCUAAACCUGUAAUUCCUCGAAAACGAGCGGCACAUAAACAUUUUAUUGAAUUCAAAUUCCAAAAACUUUCACUCA